GAGCUUCUCUACCCAAAAUCUGCAUAUGCAAAGGUUUUAUCCUCUGAUCCGCUUCUUACCGUAAGUUGCAAAAAGUUUAGUUUAGGCGAUAUGGGGCCCCGGAUUUUCUUAUGGAGAAUGCUGCUACAGUAUUUAAGUACCGCUUGAUUCCUGAUUUCAAUGCUCUAAUUUCGCACAAUUCUAUUUGGCUUGAUCUCUUGUAUUUGCUUGCAUGUCUUUCUUGGAGAACUCCAUGCAGUGACCAACAAUUCAAUCAUUGGCAUUCAAAAUGACAUCUUCCAGUCUCUGUAGACUGCCUCUUUUUCUCACUUCGUUGACAUUAUUUUUGCCGUUGAUUGCUGCAUUGGGCCAAGAUCCAACAAUCACAACGACAAAACCGACAAAUGGCACAUCUUCUCACUUGCAGAUAGCGGGUAAAGGACUCAAUGCGCAAAUAUUAGUAAGUAAAGAGGAAUGGUGGGGUGUAUUGAGGGUAGCAGAGGAUUUGGCUGGGGACUUAGGAAAGGUUGUGGGAGAGAAUUUGACGUUAGCUUAUUGGGAUGGAAAUGCCGGACCAAACGUUUCCACAGGAAGUCCUGGCUCUGAUGGUGAUGGUCCAGGUGGUGAUGGAAAUGGUCACCCACCACCACAAUCAAAUCAAGGGAAUAAUGGUAAUGGGGAGGGAGGAGUAGUUGGUGAUAUUGCCAAUCCAGGUGGUGAUGCGGGACAUAACGCAACGGUUGGUAGUAACGGCAGUGGUGCAAUCGAGGUACUUUACACUUAUAGAGCGCCUACUAAUAAUGUUAAUUAUACCCUUGGUCCGGAACAAAACUUCACUGGCCCUACUCUCCAUCCAUCUGAUCCUUCAUCUACUGUCCUUAUUGUAGGGACUCUCACACAAUCGCCACUGAUCACCCAACUUAUCUCAUCCGGUCUUCUAGACCCCAAACCCAUCAAGGGCAAAUGGGAAGCCUUUAUGUCCGUCAUAGUUCAAAAUCCUCUCCCUGGUAUUCAGGAAGCAAUGGUGAUCGUGGGAAGCGAUCUCAGAGGUACCAUUUACGGACUAUACGAUAUUAGUGAACAAGCAGGUGUUAGUCCUUGGUGGUGGUGGGCAGAUGUUCCAGUCAGGAGUCAAGACGGUGUUUGGGCAUUAGAUCCAAACUCGACACAGCAUCAUGGUCCGGGGCAAGGGCCACAAGGAGAAUCGGGACAGAUGGGUCCGCCACCUGGACCUCCCAGUGGAGGAAUGCAGAUUUUAAAGAUACAGGAUACACCGAGUGUGAGGUACAGGGGAUUCUUUUUGAAUGAUGAGCAGCCUGCAUUGACGAAUUGGAUCAAUGCGAAUUAUCCACAAGGAAAAUAUGGUCCUGGAUUUAAUCAUUACUUCCACUCUCAGGUUUUUGAACUCCUACUAAGAUUAAGAGCAAAUUACUUCUGGCCCGCUCAAUGGAAUAGUAUGUUCAAUGUAGACGACUAUGCUAAUCAGCCGUUGGCGGAUGCUUAUGGAAUUGUAAUGGGUACAAGUCACACAGAACCAAUGGCGCGUGCCACCAAAGAAUGGUCUACUUUCGGCAAAGAAUAUGGCGGAAAUGGACAAUGGGAAUACGACACCAACAAUGCAUCCGUCGCGCCUUUUUUCAAAUAUGGCGCUGAGCGUGCUGCUCCCUAUGUGGCGAAUACCCUUUUCACGAUGUCAAUGCGUGGAUCCGGCGAUACUGCUUUAUCUUUGACUCAAGAACAGGCUAUUAAGGUUCUAGGGGAUGUAUUGGCAAAACAAAGGCAGAUCUUUGGUGAAGUGUUUGAUGAGUGGAAUGUAACUGAGAUUCCGCAAAUGUGGUGUUUGUAUAGUGAAGUCCAGGGAUAUUAUGAGGCGGGAAUGACGGUUCCGGAUGACAUUACUUUGUUAUGGGCGGAUGAUAAUUUUGGGAAUGUGAGGAGGUUGCCGCUAGCUAAUGAGACUAGUAGGAGUGGCGGUUCUGGUGUCUACUAUCAUGUGGACUAUGUUGGGUCUCCUCGAGACUAUAAGUGGAUCAAUACCAUUCAGCUUGAAAAGACUGUUGAGCAGAUGCAACUUGCUUCCGCUCGUCAAGCAAAUCGCAUCUGGAUGCUCAAUGUGGGUGAUUUAAAACCCCUCGAGAUCCCCAUAAACCACUUCAUGGAUCUUGCCUACAAUACACCUCAAUGGGGUUAUGAUUCUGUCCCCACGUGGCUUAAAUUAUGGGCAAGCAGAGAAUUUGGCCCUGAGUACGCCUCCAAUAUUUCAAGCAUCGUGGACACAUAUGGCAUGCUGGCUGCAAGACGAAAAUACGAAAACAUCGAUUCGACAGUUUAUUCGAUAAUCAAUUACAACGAAGCUGACGCGAUUCUUGCACAGUGGGAUGAGUUAGCCCAAGAAGCUCAAGCUGUUUAUGAUAAAUUGGGAGAUGAUUGGAAACCAGCUUAUUAUGAGAUGAUUUUACAGCCAGUGCUAGGAGGACAGGUUGUCAAUCAGAUACAUAUUGGCGCGGGUAAAAAUGCGCAUUAUACGCAGCAGAAGAGGAACGCUGCAAAUGAGGUUUUCCAAGAGGUAUUGGAAGCUUUCAAAAUGGACCACAAUUUGACGCAGAGAUAUCAUAACUUACUCGAUGGAAAGUGGAACCACUUCCUUGACCAAACCCAUCUCGGGUACGAUUAUUGGCAACAACCAAUGCGUAAUGCUCUUCCUCCAAUGUCCUAUGUCCAGGCUCUCGAAACUUCUCUUGCAGGGAAUAUCGGUGUCGGAAUUGAAGGAUCAAAUGCCACAGUAUCCGGAGACGACAAUUAUCACACGCUAUCCUCAGAGGUAUUAACUCUACCCCCCAUGGACCCAUACGGGCCACAAACUCGCUACGUUGAUAUCUUUGCUCGUGGACUCCUCGGUUGUAGCUGGAUCAUCAAUGCUUCUCAACCAUAUGUUCAUCUAUCCCAAACUUCCGGCACAACCGGCGGCUCAAACGGAACCGACACCCGAAUCUACGUCUCCAUCGACUGGGCAUCCGCCCCCCCAGCCCCCAACAGCACCAUCGCCACACUUCUCAUAACUUCCUCCUGCGAAUCCGGGCAAUGGGGAAACUACGGCCCCCCCUCCGUCCUCCUCCCCGUAAACAACACCGCCAUCCCCUCAAACUUCACCAGCGGCUUCGUCGAAUCCGACCGCCACAUCGCCAUCGAAGCUGACCACACUUCCUCCUCCACCUCCGUAAACGGCAUUUCCUACAUCACCCUCCCCGGUCUAGGCCGCACCUCCUGCGGCGUAACCCUCUCUCCCGUCUUGGCCCCCACACAAAAUACCACCAAUGGCCCCGUGCUCCUCUACAACCUCUACACCUUCACACCCGUCCCUCUCGCCAACAUCACACUCUAUAUUUCCCCAUCCCUAAACCAAAAUGGCCGAGAAAGAACACUCAAAUACGCAAUUGCAAUCGACGAUGAAAAGCCUCAGAUCAUCCAAUUCGUGCCCUCGAGUGUGUCGACGGCGAUUUUCCCCGUAGGCUGGGCCGGCGCGGUGGUCGAUGGCGUCUGGGGACAGAGUAGUGGAAAUACGACGACGACGAGCCAUACCGCGUUGAAGACUGCAGGAGCGCAUACCCUUAAGAUAUGGGCGAUUGAACCGGGUGUUGUUUUUCAAAAGGUGAUCAUUGACAUGGGAGGCGUAAGACAAAGUUUUCUUGGGCCGCCCGAAAGUUUUAGAAUCAGAGGUAACGAAGCUGUUGGGAAAGCCAAGACUAACUUUGCGGGGGUGGAUGUUCGGAAGUGGGCUAAGGGUGUUGUUUGAAGGAUGGAGGGCUACAAUGAUGAUGUUACUUGAUACUUUUGGAGAUUAGAUUGUUUGUUUUCUGCUACUAUCUAUUCCAAUAGAUGAUGAACCAAAAUUCAUAGAAGACUUUUGUUAAAAUCCUCUAACA